CUAAGUAGCUGUAGUGAGUAGUGUACUGCCGAAAAGCCUGGAUUAUCUAUACUGUUUUUCAUGCUUUGGUAAAGGACUAUAAGGACUCUAAUGAAUUAAUUGGAAUGUAUCCUGCAUAAGAGUUGGAAAAUUGCUUUUGAAGUUUGGAAUUUGAAGACACCGCAUUCCAGACUGAGAACAGGACUUGACGGGCCAAGAUGGGUUCCUUGUACCGCAGCGAGGAGAUGUGUUUAGCCCAGCUGUUCUUGCAGUCUGAGGCGGCCUAUGCAUGUGUGGCAGAGCUUGGGGAACUAGGCCUAGUCCAAUUUAGAGAUCUGAAUCCAGAUGUAAAUGCAUUCCAACGCAAGUUUGUGAGUGAGGUGCGGCGAUGUGAUGAAAUGGAAAGGAGACUUCGUUUCUUUGAGAAGGAAGUAACAUCCAGUGGAAUCUCCAUACUGAAUACUGGAGAGAACCCUAAUGCUCCUGCACCUAGAGAGAUGAUCGACCUAGAGGCUUGUUUUGAGAAAUUGGAAAAUGAACUGAAAGAAGUGAACACCAACCAGGAGGCCCUGAUGAGAAACUUCUUGGAGCUGACUGAACUCAAGCACAUCCUACAGAAUACACAGACAUUCUUCCAGGAGGGCAACAGGCCAGAUGAAGCAUUUGGAUUUUCUGACAUGCAACUUGGAUUUGUAACUGGUGUGAUACGACGUGAACGCAUCCCUGCAUUCGAGCAGAUGCUGUGGCGUGUUUGUCGUGGCAAUGUUUUCCUGCGUCAAGCGGAGAUUGAGGAGCCCCUCAAGGAUCCUAGCACGGGAGAGGAGGUAUGGAAGUCUGUUUUCAUCAUUUUCUUCCAAGGUGAUCAACUCAAGAUCAGGGUGAAGAAGAUCUGUGAAGGAUUCCGAGCAACUCUUUACCCCUGCAACGAGACUGCUGCUGAGAGAACAGAGACCUCUAUGGCUGUUCUUACGAGGCUUGAAGAUCUACAGAAGGUUCUUAGCCAGACGGAGGAGCAUCGCCAGCGCCUCCUGUCCCUGGCAUCCAAGAGUCUCCGGGUGUGGUUCAUCAAGGUCCGCAAGCUCAAAGCCAUCUACCACACCCUCAACCUAUUCAAUCUGGACGUCACCCAGAAAUGCCUGAUUGCAGAAUGUUGGUGUCCUGUAGCUGAUCUGGAUCAGAUUAACUUAGCUCUGCGUAGAGGAACGGAGGUGAGUGGGUCAUCUGUACCUUCCAUCUUGAACCGCAUCUCCACCGACGAAGAACCACCCACCUACAACAAAACCAACAAGUUUACCAAGGUCUACCAAAGUCUUGUGGAUUCCUAUGGUGUAGCCAACUACAGGGAGGUCAAUCCAGCUCCUUUCACAAUCAUCACCUACCCGUUCCUCUUCUCUGUGAUGUACGGUGAUCUUGGGCAUGGCUUCAUCAUGUUUCUCUUUGGUCUUUGGCUGGUGGUGAGAGAGAAGCAGCUUUAUGCCUCCCUGGCCAACCAUGAGAUGUUUGGGAUGUUGUAUGGCGGUCGCUAUGUCAUCAUGCUGAUGGGUCUCUUCUCCAUAUACUCCGGUUUCCUCUACAAUGACUGCCUCUCCAAUUCAAUCAAUAUAUUUGGCUCAACUUGGAAUGCUACCAAUAUGAAUUAUACUGACGAGUUGCUGAGUGAAGACAUCACUCUAGGGCUGGAUCCAAAGUAUUCUGCUACUGGGGCAAUCUAUCCUAUUGGUGUAGACCCUAUGUGGCAACUGGCUACAAACAAGAUCAACUUCCUCAACUCCUACAAGAUGAAACUGUCUGUGAUUCUCGGGAUCAGCCAGAUGACCUUUGGUGUCUUCCUAAGCUUCUGCAAUCACAGGUACUUCAAGAAACCCCUGAACAUCUGGUGUGAAUUCGUGCCCCAGCUCAUCUUCAUGGUUUCCAUCUUCGGCUACCUCGUCAUCCUGAUCUUCGUCAAGUGGCUCAUCUACGAUGUCUGGAACGAGAACGAUGCCCCUAGUCUCAUCCUCACCCUCAUCAACAUGGGUCUCUUUACCCCACCAGAUCCCCCCAUGUUCAAAGGACAACCGUCGCUUCAAGUAUUUCUGGUUUUGGUAGCGGUGGCGUGUAUACCAUGGAUGCUUCUCGUCAAACCAAUCUUACUCUACAUGCAGCAUCAGAACAGACCUCUAAGUACCUAUCUAUUCUGGCGUAACCGAGGAGCUGCGGAUGCGAGUGGUCUACUGUCCUCCGACACCCAGGCUGUGAUCAACCAAGAUGAGUUGGCUAUCCAUAACAGUGAUCCUGAAGAACCUGAUACUAGCAAUCACCUUCAGCAAACACCACCACCAAUUUCAAAAGAGUUUGAUUUUGGGGAGACCUUAGUCUACCAAGCAAUCCAUACCAUUGAGUAUUGUCUUGGGUGUAUCUCACACACGGCAUCUUACCUUCGACUCUGGGCUCUCAGCUUGGCUCAUUCUGAAUUAUCUGAAGUCCUGUGGAACAUGUUGCUAGCUAUUGGGCUAAGGAUGCAAGGGUUUGUUGGUGCCAUUGCCACGUUUGGUUGCUUUGGAGCUUGGGCCGUCCUUACCAUCGGUAUCCUCCUCUUCAUGGAGGGACUGUCUGCUUUCCUGCACACCCUGCGUCUCCAUUGGAUUGAAUUCCAGAGCAAGUUCUACAAAGGAGAGGGCCAUCCGUUCUUGCCAUUUACUUUUGAUGCUAUUCUGGAGGGAAAGGAGGAGUGAGGAUUUGCACAUUCUCUACCCCAAUAGCUUCUUUCCCUCUUUAUAGAUUUAAGUGAAAUCCAUGAGAAAGGCAACUCGAGAAAUCAUUCUUCAUGUGGAAUCAAUCAUUCUAUCUUUCAAUGUAUUCUUCUUUCCAGAUCGAUCUAUAUUCACCCCAGGUCUUUUAGCUUGUUUAUAAAAAUAAUGUUCUGUAUGGUAUAUGAUAUGCAUGGGUGUAAUGUGGUGUUCGUUUAAUAUUGAUAUUUAGUAUUGAAUAUUUUCAGAAUACAAAAAAUGGCGAAAAUAGACAUUAGUGGCAUUUGUUUAACCUGUGAAUCACGGUGGAAAAUUAUAUUCCAAAAAUGUCUGUGCAAUGUGGGUUGAAAGUGUAUAAUACAAUGUAUUAUCAAAUUCUAUGAGACUUUAACGAAAUUCAAUCUAAAGAUUAUACCAAAAUAAUGUCUAUCAAAGUACUCUAUAUAUCUAUCCUUAGCGUGUAUUCAUGUAUUAUUCAAACUGUACCAGUGGUGUUUGUUGUGUGAACAUGUCCAGUCAAAGAUUUUAGUGUAAAAAAAAAAUAUUAGGUUUAAUAAUGGUAAGAGAAGUAUAUGCCACAUUUCUUUAUGGGAAUUUAGAAUGGCAAAAUGAUACACUCAUAUUCAUUGAAAUAACAACAUGAAAUUAUGAAAUAUAAUGCUUGCAGGAUAAUCAUUAACAUAAAAAAGUAACUACUACAUGUACAUCUAAGCUUUAAUAUGCAAUUAUAUUUUAAAAUUAAGUUAAGAGGUUUUUGUACUUGAUUUUCUUACCAGGGGGUUAAUUGGCAUGUACAAUAUGGAUAGUGCUCGCCAUUUCUAUAUUAUUUUUUAUAUAACUUUUUUUCUAAGUAUUUUUUUAAAGAAAAAGAAUGCGUAUUAUGACCAAUAUCUUUUUCAACAUAAAUGCCCUGAACUUUAUACCCAUAUUGGGCAAGCAUGAUAAAUGCAAGAUUCAAACGUUAAAAUCACAUGUAAAAUCUCAGAUUUUAUUGCAAUAUUAGUGAUAUUCAGAGGCUCUCAUAUUUUCAUUGUAUUCCUAUUCAUAUUUUUCAAUUUUCAUGCAGGCUGUAUCGUCCCCUUAUUGAAAUAUAUUUAUUUAGCUUGUUUUUACGUAAAAUAUUUCCCUUGUUAAGACUGUAAUAUCCGAACACUGCUGUAUUCCUGUCUCGCCACCUUGCUGUAAAUGCCAAAAUGUGGAUUACCUAAGGAUCAUAAUACAUUGUCCAUUUUUUGACUGUGUUACCAAGCAUUAUUGGUUGCUUUAGUUCUGGCAUCAUUUCACCGAUUCACUUCCUAUCAGGUUAAUAACAAAAUUUGUAUCCAUUGCAACCAAAUACGAAUUCUGUUAUUCUUUGACUUUUAAAAUGUACAUUAUUCACCGAUUCUGCAUUUUUAUAUUCUGUUUAAAAGGAUGUUAAAGACCGGUCUUGUCAAUGAUGAUAAGAAGUCACAUUUGGGAAAAGGCGACACAGUCGGGAAGGUAUGACUGAUGGUUUGUGUUCAAGAAACAUAUUUAUGUGAAUUUGGUUGGUUUUUGUGUAAGCAGAAUAGAAACAAUUUUAUUGGUUAUAUGUAAAACACAGUCAUAAGAGGAAAAAUGUUAAAAUAUAUAUAUCAUAUUUUUAGCUCAGUACAUGAACUGAAGAAAGGUUUAUUACAUAUUUGAAAGGUAAGAGUGAAUUAAUCAUGUCAUGUGAUUUAAUUGAACUAAAAUAUUUUAUUGGUUUACAUUUUAAUGCAUGUUCAGUGAUAAAAAAAAAGAAUUAUGCCAAACCACAAGAUUUGAACAAUAAGAUAUACCUCAGAAUUUUCAAGGCUAUUUAAAACUACCUGUAGCUGCAUGUAAUUACGAUAUCAGCUUAUGCAUUUUCUUAUUGACUAUAAAUCAAUCAUGAUCAGUAUAAUUUGUUGAUAAAAUUCUUGCUCAAGAAUACAUGGCAAUCUGUUGUGUAAGGGUUUAUGUUAAGACUUUGUUUGAAAUUAUGUAUUCACUAUGUAAUUCUAUGCCGUUGGCAGCAUUAUGCUCAGUACUGAAAAUCUACCGAUCAAGCCAUACAACUCAGAAACAUGGGAAUAUACACAAAUAUUUUAUUUGAAUGGCUUCACGAAUUGUACAUGUUGGCAUCAUUUUUAAUUCCUAUCCUAGAUAAAUCAGUCAAGUUGAAAAUCGUGUGUAAUUUACUUAAAUCCCCUGAAAUGUUUUAAAGUAAAGAAAAAUCCAUAAUUAUGUUCUUUGGGAAAAACUAAGUAAUUAUUAUAGUUGCAGGGCAGUUGUCAUGGGACAUAAGCAAAAUGUUGCAUUCCUCAGCAAUGAACAUUGCAAAAAAUUAGCAAAUAAGUAAUUUCUUUUUUAAAAUUUUCUGCUUAUAUCAGGCCAAGGCAUCUACAUCACCAUUCAUUGAACCGCUCUAUCUUGCAAUGGUAAUACCACGAAUCAUGAAAAAAAAUUGUUUGAUAUUUGUUAUCAAUAUUACAUUUUCGUUCAGAGAUAUUCAAAUAACAGUAUAUAUAUAUAUAUCAAUGUCAUAGUUUUGCGAAAGGUUGAAUUUGUUGGCUGUAUGAAUGUAUAGAUAUAUUAAAUAUGAAGACAUAUA